AUGAGGCUGUCCUCCAGUUCCAGGUUUGUCACCCCCACUCACACCACGCAUACCGUUCCCCCCGCACACCACUGCACGCGCGGCACCAGUCGUCUCAUGUCUCGGAAGCGCAUUACCAUUGCGUUCACAGACUCUGAACUGACGGGUAUUGAAGACUUCGACAGAUGUAAACAGAUUCUGCAGCAAAACGAUUGGGAUUUAGAGAUCGCAGUGCGGCUCACGUUAGACGGCGUCGACGCCAACGACACGAACAGCAACUCAUUGUCCGAAAGCGAGUCCUCCGUAAGACAUCGACACUCAGUGGCCAACAGUUCCCAAAGUGACCCCAAUUCCCACCACAACAACAAUAAUAUCAAUAAUAAUAACAAUAACGUGGAGUACAGGAGGGCUGAGGGGAGGCUCACUGUCUGGUCAUUCAUAGCGCGGGUCAUCUCAUCUCCAUUUGCGUUCAUUUACGACACAUUCGUAUCAUUACUUCAGUUCGCGUUAUCCCUCAUCAGAGCUGAUCCACGAAUACAAAUGCUGAAAUCAAAGACACAGCCAUUGAUUAGAAGACAUUUGGAUCUCAACCUCAAGAUCUCUCGCCUCAAGACAACCGCCAAUAAAGACAUUAAUAUCGAUGAGUUUAAGUCACGGCUGGAAAGUGGUCCGCAAUUGUCUCAAUUCAUCUCAGGAAGCGUUGGAAGCGAUGACAAGUGGAGUGACUAUAGCGGCAAACUUAGGCGAGAAAAGGGUGAUAAUGAGAGACUACGACUCCCGCCGUGGCUCAAGAGGGAGAUACCGGUCGGACAUAACUAUCACCGCCUGAAGGAGUCGUUGCGCUCUUUGGGAUUGAAUACGGUGUGCGAAGAGGCCAAGUGUCCCAAUAUAGGCGAGUGUUGGGGCGGAGGACAGCACCGGACGUCCACCGCAACCAUUAUGCUGUUGGGCGACACCUGUACGCGCGGCUGUCGCUUCUGCUCUGUCAAGACCUCCAGAGCGCCCCCACCGCCCGACCCCCACGAGCCCUACAACACCGCCAAAGCCAUCUCCGAGUGGGGCUUGGAUUACGUGGUGUUGACAUCUGUGGACAGGGAUGACAUGCCGGACGGCGGGUCCAACCAUUUCGCGCAGACUGUCAAGCAGUUGAAGGCAAUGAAUGACACGAUUUGUGUGGAGUGUCUGACGCCUGACUUCGGCGGUGACAUGAAAGCCGUGGAAACAGUGGCCACAUCUGGUCUCGACGUCUACGCCCAUAACGUAGAGGCCGUCCAAGACUUCCAGCGCUUCGUUCGCGACCGAAGAGCUAAUUAUAAGCAAUCGAUUGAUGUCUUGAAGUUUGCCAAACAUAUAACCAAACAAACGAACGGCGAGUCCGUCAUCACGAAGACGUCCAUUAUGUUGGGCUUCGGGGAGACUGACGAUCAGGUGAUGCGGACUAUGGAUGACUUGAGGGCCGCGGAUGUGGAUUGUGUGACAUUAGGACAGUAUAUGCAACCGACCAAAAGACACAUCAAAGUCGUCGAAUACGUCACUCCAGAGAAGUUCAAGCGAUGGGAAGAGUAUGGAAAUGAGUUGGGAUUCAUGUAUACGGCCAGUGGUCCACUCGUGAGGUCCAGCUAUAAGGCCGGGGAGUUCUUCAUCAGGAAUAUUCUCGACAAACGCAGACAAUGGAGGGAUAAACACAACAAACAAUUAUAACAUUUAUGAAUGUUAUACAUCGAAACGUUGGCAUUGAUUGUCUAAAUCUUCAUAUAUUUUAGG